AUGGAUGACAUGCACACUCCGUAUUCUUCCCUGAAGAGACUGUUAUCUUUCUUCAAUGGCUUCGUGAUGUCUGGUGUGAUCCCCAUUGGCCUGGGCAUCUAUGUUAAGUUCAGAGGGGCUGUCCUGACAAGGGUCCUUGGGCUGGCCUCUGCAUAUCUCCUUCACACUGGCUAUCUGUGCCUGGCAAUGGGCUGCAUCAUGGUGCUGCUUGGCUUUGCUGGGUGGUAUGGAGCAAGCAAAUAAAGCAGAGGUACUCUCUUGUUUUGUUUCCUGUCCACGGUUAUCAUCGUCAUUGCUGAAAUCAUAGUCACCGCCGUGAGGAAACCUCCCCACAUGGGGCACUUUCUGUUUUGUGUGCCCAUCACUUCCAGUUUCAUCUUUGAGGUUCAAGAAGUGGCCUUAGAACACAUCUUCAUGACCCCGAGGAAGAAUUACAGAGGUUACGAGCCAGAUGACUAUUCCACAGAAUGGGACUCGGUCAUGGGGAAGGUGAGCUCCACAUCCUGGAACUACCCAGAUUUUUCUGGUUACUGCUACCCUGGGAGCUGCUGUAAAUCCAACGGGACCGCAGCCUGCGACGGGUGUGACGUGUCCACAGACAUCAUCCACCAGGGGUAA